UGCACAUGGCAUCUGAUCAGAACCAGGGACAGCUCCAGAUUGCGCCUGAGCGCUGCGUCAGGACGAUUUUUCUCGGUUGGAGAGCAGAGACGCACAGAAAAAAAGAGAAAAAAAAAUCUCAAAAAUGCAGCAAGGCGACCCAGCGAGGAGCUCUGACACCUACACAGCAAGAGUCCUGACAAUUUUGUGUUUAUUUCGAUUCACAGAAAACCUUUUCAAUGUACAUUUAAGUGACACGGAGGCUGGCGCAGGAACUUAAAAUCCAAGAAUUUUUAUUUUCCAGGAGGUUGAGGCAUUUGGAUCUAGAAAUGACUUUACUGAAUAUCCUGCCCUCUGGGAUUUAAGUUCAAAAUGUCUGGAGAAUUCAUCGACGCUAGUUACGAGGGCUCGGGGGGAAUAUUCUACGCUGCCAACUUCAGCUUCAUUUUCAACACGACCAACCGCUCCUCCGGCGACAACUUCCACCUGUCAGACUUUGACAAAACUGAUUUUGUGGGGGAUGGCGCCGCUGUUGUGAGGAUUAUCAUCUCUGUCAUUUACUCUCUGGUCUGCGCGCUGGGUCUGGUUGGGAACUUACUGGUGCUGUACCUAAUGAAGUCUAAACAGGUGUGGAAAAAAUCCUCCAUCAACCUUUUCGUAACUAGUUUGGCGGUAACCGACUUCCAGUUCGUCCUGACUCUGCCGUUCUGGGCAGUGGAGAACGCGCUGGACUUUACUUGGCUUUUCGGCAAAGCCAUGUGUAAGAUAGUCUCCUACGUGACGGCUAUGAACAUGUACGCCAGUGUGUUCUUCUUGACGGCCAUGAGCGUGGCGAGGUACUGGUCCCUCGCCUCCGCGCUCAAGGGCAGACGGCGGCGCACGCACUGCUGCUCCGCGCGCUGCAUCACCGUUUUCAUCUGGUUCGCCGCCGUCUCCGCCGCUCUGCCGCACGCGGUUUUCUCCACGACCGUCACGGUUUCCAACGAGGACCUGUGCCUCGUCAAAUUCCCCGAAACCAACGGGACCGCGCAGUUCUGGCUGGGACUCUAUCACUCCCAGAAAGUGCUGCUGGGCUUCGUGGUGCCCCUGGGCAUCAUCUCAGCCUGCUAUCUCCUCCUCCUGCGCUUCAUCACCUCCAAAAACAUCAACACCUCCAGCGCCAAACGACGCGCCAAGGUCACCAAGUCUGUCACCAUCGUGGUCUUGUCCUUUUUCCUCUGCUGGCUGCCAAACCAGGCGCUGACAGCCUGGGGCAUCCUCAUCAAACUCAACGUGGUUCAUUUCAGCUACGAGUACUACACCACGCAGGUGUACGUCUUUCCCGUGUCCGUGUGCCUGGCGCACUCCAACAGCUGCCUGAACCCCAUCCUGUACUGCCUGAUGAGGCGGGAGUUCAGGAAAGCGCUAAAAAAACUCUUCUGGCGGAUGACUUCGCCGACCCUGACCACCAUAAGGCCGAUCACGGCCACCACAAAGCCAGAACUGGACGAGCACGGGCAGGUCCUGGUCCCCAUCAGCGCGCCCGAGGAGCCCGCUGUGGUGUUUUAUCCUCCGGGGACAGUUAUGUACGAUGACAGGCGAGAUCUGCCGCAAAACAGCACUUAGUCUAAAGUGCCCGGGACUCUUUUUUUCUUUAAUGUUUUUUAUUUGUACGCAUUUAUGUUAGUUGGCCAAUUUCUUACCUGGAUGUUGUCAGGAGAUUCUAAACUGGAUCUAAAUUGGAUGAGAGAGGCUCAAACAGAGAUGAUCCUUAUCUCAGUUUAAUCACAGUGGCUCGUGCUUGACCCCAGAAAUGGCCACUUCACAUAGAUUUGUGGGUCUACGCAGCUACUCUUUUCAGUAAAAGAGGCAAAGACAUUUUUUCUUGUGUAUAAGAAAGAAGACAUGUUUUGAAUGUGCCACAUCUGUCAAAAAAUACAGAAAAAUACUUCAUUGUGCAAGUAAAGUGCAUCAGUAUUGUGUGACGUGCUGGUCCUUCUCUUUCCUCAGGACAAGAAUGUGAACACUCAGGUGGACAGUGAAUUCAUUCAUUCACUCAUUCAGUUUUACAGUCACAGAAAUCCCCGGCUUAUGUUACAUUAGAUAAGAAUGAGUCAGGAGAGUUCCACAGAAUGAGUUUACCAGUUUAAAUUAUUCCAUUUAUGUAACAAAUUAACACAUCUAUAUCUGCACACUGUAAUUACUCCUAAAAAGGCGAUUUAUACUAGAGCUAGACUACUUACAUUACUAUAUAGUCACUAUGUACA